AUGGCCACACAAACGGCGUUGAUUAUGAAAGAGGUUGGGAAACCCCUAGUAAAAGCUCUGCGACAUAUCCCCCAGCCGCAAGAAAACCAAGUUCUUGUGAGAAUUGUCGCAGCUGGAAUUAAUCCUCAUGACCAGAAGUGUCGUGAUCUAGGUAUCCUGGUGAAUGAGCACUUGCCCCAUGCAAUUCUGGCAAACGACAUCAGCGGCAUUACCGAGAUGAUAGGACCGGGCGUAAAGAAGUUCUCCGUCGGAGAUCGCAUCUUUGGGCAAUCGAAUAUCCUGUCAGGUGGUCCCGAUCAAGCCGGUCUGCAGCAGUUUUGCAUCCUCGACACCGAAUCUGCGGCUCGUAUUCCAGACAAUAUCACCUUCGACGAGGCAGCCACUUUCCCCGUCAAUGCCAUUGCAAGUUUCCUUGCCCUUUUCAGCCCAGCGGACUUGGAUGUGAGACCAAAGUUCCUCGGCCACGAUACGGACUACGCACAAGAGACGAUUGUUAUUAUCGGUGGUAGCUCUAAUACGGGAAAAUUCGCUCUUCAAUUCGCUCGUCUCGCGGGAUUUGGGAAGAUCAUCACUACAGCCAAAAUUCGCAGUGAUGGGGGUCAGAUACUCCGUGCCUUGGGGGCAACUCAUGUCAUUGAUCGGGAAGCAGCGGACUUGGAGAAUCAGAUUCGUGCGCUCGUUGGUGAUGAUUUGUUAUACGUUGUUGACACGGUCAAUGGCUCUUACGAGGGGGGUGUUCAUUAUCAGCUGGGACUCUCGCUCUUGUCGACCAAGAAAAAAGGGGCCUUGGUCACGCUGAUGGACGGAGAGGUGGACCCAGCAAUCGCAGCGACAAAAACCGCUGGAUUCAGAAAGCAUCAAGUCUUCGGGGCUAGCGACAUGCAUCCGGAGCUGGCGGCUUAA